CGGCCGUUAAAGCGCUUCAGUCUGCAGAGUGAUCUGAAGAGGAGAUGGCAGACGGUCCGGAUGAAACCACCUUAUUAAUUAAUAAAAACACAUCAGCCCGAACCAGAAACGGUAGACUCUACCUUGCGGUGUUUUCUGCGGUUCUGGGCAAUUUCAAUUUUGGGUUUGCCUUGGUGUUUUCCUCCCCUGUGAUCCCACAGCUUCAAAAGGGUGAUGACCCUCGGCUGCAAAUGGACAUCCAUCAGAUAUCAUGGUUUGGUUCAGUAUUCACCCUUGGAGCAACUGUGGGGGGACUUAGUGCCAUGCUGUUGAAUGACAAGGUUGGAAGAAAGCUAAGCAUCAUGCUGUCAGGAGUCCCAUCUGUUGCAGGUCUUCUUGUGAUGGCGGCUGCACAAAACUUUUGGAUGUUAUUAUGGGGCAGAUUUUUGACAGGAAUUGCUGGUGGUAUGACUUCUGGUUCCAUUCCGGUGUAUGUGUCAGAGAUUUCACACCCAUCUGUAAGGGGUGCGCUGGGUUCGUGUCCUCAGAUUACAGCUGUCUUUGGAAGUCUAGCACUCUAUGCUCUUGGCUUGGUUCUGCCGUGGAGGUGGCUGGCUGUGGCUGGGGAAAUUCCUGUCGUGAUCAUGAUUAUUUUGCUUUGCUUCAUGCCGACCUCCCCACGCUAUCUUAUCAUGAAAGGAAACAAAACGAAAGCAGUUAAAUCGCUUGAGUGGCUUAGGGGCCCCAAUUCUGAUUACUUGAAUGAGUUUAAUAAGAUCGAGCGAAGUAUAAAUUCUCAGCACAGACAAUGGAGUGAUCUUAAAAUGCCUUCGUACUAUAAACCAAUCCUAAUCUCAGUGUUUAUGAGAUUCCUGCAGCAAUUGACUGGUAUAACCCCAGUUCUUGUAUAUCUGGAACCCAUCUUCCACAUGACAGCUGUAUCACUGAAACCAAAAUAUGAUGCUGCAUUAGUGGGAGUUGUAAGAUUGAUCUCUGUUGCGAUUGCAGCCAGUUUGAUGGACAAAGCUGGUCGAAAAGCUUUACUCUUUACAUCAGGGUUUUUGAUGUAUGUGGCCAUGCUCACAAUGACCAUGUACACCCACAGAACACCAUGCAACCAAGGCAAUCUUACCUUAACAGAGGGCAUGAGUGUCACCUAUGGAGCCUCAGUGGGCCCUGCCUUCGAUCCAGUUACUCUUAUCCCUCUCAUCAGCAUUAUGGUCAUAAUAUUUGGCUAUGCUAUGGGUUGGGGUCCAAUCACAUGGCUGCUAAUGUCAGAGAUUUUGCCUUUGGGUGCACGUGGAGUAGCAUCUGGUUUGUGCGUUGGUGUUAGCUGGAUCACAGCCUUUGUUUUGACACAACUCUUCAUGCUUGUGGUGGAUGCAUAUGGACUCUUUGUACCUUUCCUGUUCUUCUGUGUCAUCUCAGUAGUGAAUAUAAUAUUCACUGCUAAAUGUGUGCCAGAAACCAAAGGCCGAACUCUGGAGGAGAUUGAGAACUAUUUCAGGACUGGCAGAAGCUUUACCAUUCAUGAUCCCUGAAAUGGCCAUAUACCUGUAUAUUCAUCCACUCAAGCUGGCAUGGACUUCUCAAGUUUUGUGUAAAACCUGAUGAUGAAUGUUAUCCCAGUGUGAUUUGACAAUGUUCUUGUGUACUUCAUUGGAAGCAAGGAAAGCUGACAUCUCAGAUAAUAGAAUUAACAAGGCCAUAGGCACACUUAUAUAUUAGAAUCUGAAAUAUUACUUAUUCAUUUUAUUUAAUAAAGUUUCUUUGCUUUUACAUUUUUUCAAAAUUCCUCCUCCCAAAAUGAUAAUGAUGGGUAAAUGGCAUGCAACACUAAUUUCUGGACUAAAAUUAAUGAAUGCAUUUUUAAAAUAAUAAUAAAUUCUUAGCAAUCAUUAGGUGCAGGAGCAGCUUACUCUUGAGUGUCUAUCAAUGUGGACAAUUGACAUGCUUGCCUGCAGCAUGCCAGUUGCCCAAGUUUUUGCUUUGGGUGAUGUUCAAUACAUUUGAUAUAUUUUAAUAAAAUAUCAUCUCAGGGUUAAGAGAGCUAAGUAUAAAUAGACAAGAGAGGAAGUCAAAUUAUGUCAUUUCUUUAUAAUGUUCCUCUGUCUGACAUGUUGUUAAUAUAAGCUUGUGUAAAUAGGAUGUAGAUAUCGCACAAGAAAUCAAUUUCUGUAAACAAAAUACCGUAUGUACAUUAUUCUGUAAAUGCACAUUAAUAUGGCAUCCACUUACUUGAAUAUUAGAAGGACACAUUGUAUACAGUAGGAUCAGGAGUACACACAGUGUUUAUUUAAAUCUGAUAUACAUCAAUAAA